GACGCGGAAGCGCCGGAUCGAGUCCCUGCGCUUCCAGCCAGAAACCCCGGAACCGGAGCCAGCGGCCCGAGCGCACCGCGGCGGCUCUGCGCCAAGCGCGAGAGCUGAGCGCGUGACGAACAACGAAGAGCGAGGAGACCAUGUUGCUGCGCACGCGACCGCCUCUUCUUCUUCUUGUUCUUCUACUUCUUGUUCUUUCUCGCUCUCUCGAGCGGGCCUUCGACGAUGCACGCAGUAAUAAUAAUCCCAUCGUCCCCCAAAUGGACUAACUGAUUAUCGCAGAUCAUCGCGGAGGGAAGCCGCCGUUCAGUGUCAAGCAGGGGAAGUGAAGGUAUACAAAAGGGGAAAAAACACGGACGCGCGAGGCAGACCUCAACGUCAAAUGAGCAUAGUGGCAGAAAGGAAGCCGCCACGGUGGAGUCGGCCGGUGCUGCGCUUGUCCGAAAUAUGACCAGCGGCGCUCGCAAGCCUCGGCAGAGAAAUGACGGCUUAACGCACCGGCUUGCACCGCGCGAGAACGAGCAGCAGUCCGCAGACUCCGAGAGGGUGCAGCGAUGGCGGCUCUCCUUGGCGUCGCUCGUCGUCUUUGCAGCGCUGCUCUCUGACCGGCCGCGCUUUUGCGCCGAGGCCAAUCUCACCAGUAGCCGAGACGAGGAGACGGCCGGGAUAGCUUCGCCUCGUGACGCCGUUCCCGUUGGAAACACUAGUAAACCGGCGUGGAGACUGGAAACGUGCCGCGCGGACAGCGCGCCCAGGAGCUGCUUCACGUUCGCCGACGCGGACCAACUGUGUGCGGGCCUCUCGGGGCCAGGCGUGAACCCGGGCGACUUGUACCUGUCGUUUUGCAGUGACUACUCGCUAAUGGAUUUGCUCUACGGCUUGACGAACCCGGACAACUUAAACUGCAGCGUGGAUGCGCUCGCGAGCGGCGACCCGUCCAUGUGUAUCCUGUGCGUGCAGGCGUACCAGCGCUAUGACGUGCACGCUCAGGAGAAAUACGAGGAGUUCGAGAGCAUGACCGAGCGCUACGAGACGGACGCGUACUCGGUGCGAACGUGCAUGGAUAAGUGUAAGGUGGUGUACAAGCCUUGGCUUUGCGCUCAGUAUUUCCAGAGCAAUCAGUCCAGGUGUAGCCACAAGAUCCCAUGUGAGCAGUACUGUUUCGAGGUCCAGCAGAGGUGUCCCUUCAUAUUACCUGACAAUGAUGACCUUAUACACGGUGGCACUCCCAGUUUUAUAUGUACAGGUCUUUCGGAGAAUACAGAAAAAACCAAGCAUGAGCCACAGUGCUGCGAUGUGCGGUGGGAGUUGAAAUUCAACGAUUGUUCGCACAGCACAUUCAAAAGGACUUAUCCCUCACGCCAGCAUACGUCUGCUGCGACCUCGGCCGCUCCAAAGCUGAAUCAAGGCAGACUGAAGCUCUGCUUACUAGUCCUGGUCCUCUUGCACACAGUAGCGACCAUGACAGCUGUCCAGAACUCCACCUGCCUAGCCACUAUCUUCCCACUGGAGGACAAUGCCCCCAGAGAAGAAUGACUGGAUUGGGGGGGCGGCUAACUCUAGCCAAUCAGCAUGCUCCAAAAAGUGAAAGCUGGCCAGCAAGAAACUGGGCCGAACCAAGCACGCCAGGCACGCCGGCAGAUCCCUAGCUGCGCUUUACAUGUUCAGUGCUCUUUAUGCCCCAGGUAGAAGGAAUGACAGAAUUCAAGCGAUGGGCAAGAAGAGGUGAAGGAAGAGGAAGACCAAGGCUGUGUCCUUUUGAGACGUCAGCUCUCUCACUGUUCUGAAAAGUGUAUAUUUUGUUUUUUUGUUGUAUGAGAUGAUGGUCAGACUUUUUCCCUUUUUAGCUUUUGCUGUCAAAAUGGGUUUCUGUGUAUGUCAACCACUUCAAAGUAAAAUGGAAUGAGGGAAGAAAGCAUAUGUAAGUUAUAUGUAUUCAUGUCUCAGUCAAACCACGCUAUGUCAUACUUUAAUGCUUUUUACAUAUUUCACAGCAGGCAUGAGUAGAAGUAUGUAUUGGCUAGAAAGAUACGAAUGGUGGGCUGGUUGUGGAUCUAAAUACCCUUACAUACCCCUAAGCUACAUUCUUCAUUUACCAGAUUGACAUACACUGUUUUUGUGACCAAGAUGUAGGGCCACGUCAGCAGAGCCUUAAAAACAAACCGCCAUGCCAUUUUUUUUUGAUAUGCCACCAUAAUUGUAUUAAAUGUGGAAGCCAAGUAUGAGGACCCAAAUUUUACCCAACUUAUAUGUUGUAUAAAUAAACUAAUGGCGACUCUUUAGUAUUCCAUGCAAAGAGGCUCUCUCAAAACUGAUGUUUUAUUGAAGAUUGAAUCAAAUGAUGAGCCAUUAUACUGUCCCAAGUUUUCUCUUCUAGUGUAGUAGUGACAUCCUAACUUCACCAGGCUGCAAUAAUGUGACUGGAGUGCCUGGUCUAGACUAAAAUUACAUACAAAUGGAACAUUGGCCAUCCAUCGGAACAUCAAGUUUUAAAUGACCUUGUUAGUUCCAAAAUGGUUCAAGCUAUCAUGCUAUUAUUAUUAUUUGGAAAAUUUGAAUUAAUAGUUGAUCAUAUUUCCAUACCAUUAUGCCCUUACAGUCCUAAUAAGCUGCUGAAAAACAAUGAGUUGCAUAGUGAUCAGUUGUAAUUGCGCCGUGAUUUUGUUGCCAUGGUUUUGUUCUCAAACUGUCCUACACUCAUGUGUAAAGGGCUUAGCGGAUAGCAUGGAAGGGAAGGAGUUCUCAAGGGCUCAUUCUAUAAAUCUCCUUCUGUGUGUAGGACUGUACAUGUUCGGUGUCUGACUGUAGGGGCCUGUGGCUGCUGAUAUACUGGUUUGCGAUCUGUUUAACUCGGUGUUACAUCACUAACCUAUGUUAAAAGGCGUAUUUUUAUGCUUAACAUUUACUGUGUCUUUGUUAUUGGCGGAAAAAAAUAUAUAUAUCAUGGGCACAUUUGUCUCGCAUAGUUACGUCUAUUAAUAAUGUUGCGAUGUCCUUCAAUCUAAAAGGCCCAAGUGCCUCUGCUGUCCAUUUGUCUUGUGCUAUUUCUUCAUUACAGCAGUGUAUAGAGAAAUGGCAGCAGUUACGAUAGAUUAACAGUGUUUCCCACACAUAUAAUAGAUGGCGCUUGGGUGUGACACCAAGGUAUACUGCUCAGAGCUUAAAUACAGUACAUGUUGGACCAUAAUAAUAAUAAAAAAGAAAUCGCAUAUUAUUUUAAUACAUUUGGAAAAAGAGAUUUUUUGUUUCUGACAUGCACACAGCUUGGGAAAGAAAAGAACCAGACAGAGCACUAGGUAAAGCACUAUUUUUUCAUAUUUAAUCCUUUUGGAGUCGGUCUGUGCAAGUUCAUGGUACACAGUUAGUCUGUCAGAAGAGCUCAUAAUGUUUGCAAAGUCUUAUUUCCAUUUCUGGCUCCAUAUUUAACCACUCAGUCAUGUGACAAAAUACAACAAAUAUUCCCAGCAAAAAACACACAAACACCGAUCAGCCAUAACAUUACAGUGCAAAAGAUUAAGCUUAGUAUUGUCUAGGUUCCCUUUGUGCCACCUGGGCAGCUUUUAUCCCUUACCACAUGCCCCCCAUGCCAUGGGGGUGUGUUGUGAUGUCUGGCACAGGAUGUUGACAGUAGAUCCUUUGGGUUGGGUGUUAUGGGUUGUUGAGGUGGGGCCUCCAUUGAUCAGAUGUGUUUGAUUGGUGCAUCCAACGUGUGCUAAAUCAAAUUGGGAUCUGGGGAGUUCGGAAAAGUUUUCCUUCUGGCCCCCAUGCAGAGAGGGCUAUGAUGCACUUGGAGCAUUGACUUUUUAAAAUAAGUUGUGCUUUUCUGUGAGAUUGGACCAGACAGGCUGCCCUUUGCUCCCUGUGGUCAUGGGUGAGCCUUGGGUGCCCAUGAUCCUGUCACCAGCUUACUGGUAUAUAAUUGAUAAUCAAUGGUAAUGAGUUAAUGGUUUGUGGUGUUAAUGUGAUGGCUGAUCGGUAUUCCUAAUGUUCCUAAUGUUAUGUGACAUCACCUUGAACACUCUCGGUCUCUAAAUGACCUGAGAUAGAACAAUUAGUGUGGAACUAGGCUUAUUGUCCCCUUCAUCAGAAGAUAAAAACAUUGAUUAAAAACAUAUUAUUGACAUCUUAAAAGUGUUGCUUUUCUCAGUGGUUUAUACUCUUGCAUAAGAGUCAUGAUUUCAUGCUAAAAUACGGGUAUAUUUAAGAUUUCACAUAGAAAUUACAUGGUCGAGAAACUUGUAUUAUACUGUAUGUAUCUAUUUCAGUUUGGACGCAGGUCUGCUUUAUGAUCAAAGAGGAUGUUAGUCAUUUCUGGGGUAUGGCAUACAUGAAACUUGAUCCAUUUAAUUUGUGGGAAACACUGAUCACGCUACAGAGGUAAUAAAGGCCAGACUGUAUUGCAGUUUUGUGAUAAUGGCUCUACUAAGUGAUUUUAAAGACAUGCUUUACCCAUAGUCUUGUUUGUAUGUUCUAUAUGCUGUUUAAAACAGCUGGCCAAGGUCUUACAGUUCAGAGGUGACAAUCGUUCCUUAUUCCAUUAAACAUACACAUUAAAUUGUCCUUAAAAAAAAAGUUCAGCCUUACAAGCAAACAACAGGAUUUGUCGAUAUUGUGGAUUUCUCAGAAUAUAUACAUAUACAUACAUAUACAUACAGUACAUGUGCAAAUGUC